AUGACAUACCACAGGCCGACACUCGCACGACUGAGUCGAAUGAAGUCGUUGGUACAUGAACAGCCCACCCGCACUCUACAGAAGUCGCGGGAUAUAGGUAGUGUUGCGGCAAACACUCUGCGCAAAGCACACACCACGGGGAUAGCUUUCCAGCGAACAAAGACCGAGCCACAGAGAGAAGGGAACAGCCACAACCACACCUCAGGAGAGUACACACAGCGCACUGAUAGGACACCAGGGUAUGCUAUCGAUAUGCCGCACCACGCGUCGAGAGUCACGUCACAGGGAACCCGAAGUUCGGUACAAACCGACGUGAAGGGACAUGGCUACAUAUCUAGGGACCAUUCACAAAGCACAUUAAAUGCACCGCAGAGGGGCACGAACAAACAGUACUACGCCUUAGACAUGCAGCCACCACGUGCUAUGGCUAAGACACAGUCCAGCAGGCACAUGCACACCAAUAGCCUACGCAGCACGCUUAACGCUGGGACGCGGUCACGGGCGAACCCCACACUAGUGCACCGACAGAGGAGUGUGGACGUGCAAGGGAAGGGUAUGGGAGAGGAGAUGGCCACGAGCACGUCUAUAUACCGUGCGGCAAUAAAGAACCCACGGACUCACGCAUCUGCACGGGCAACCAGUUCAGCGGAGAAGAGUACGCAGACAGACACAUACGCACGUGUAAAUAACGAGGGUGGGGUACCCCCAAGUGACGGAUAUGCGAAACAACUGCAAGCGGAGGUGGAGGUAUGUGCUGUGCGUCUGUUGAGCAAAUCACAAAGCACUGGGAUACGGACGACACGGAAGGACGUCGAGUGUGAGAUAGACUCGGCGGCGUUCAAAACCUGGGGGGAGCAAUAUGCCACACAAAAUACUUUAAUGGGCAGAGCACUGAGGCGAGGGACAGACAGGGACACAUAUAUACUCACACAGCGCCAGGCCCACCUCACACGUACGCGUACACACCACCGGGAAACUUGGCGAGCAAUAGAUGUAGGCAGUCCUACGGCGACGAGUGGGGAACAGACAGAAGCCAAGGCACAGGAGGCACGCACACAGCCGAGUAGACACACACACACCCUCCGCAAGACACUCUCACAGCCAUCACAGCACACGGCGACCCAUAGGGACAGCCACGAGUACACACGUACGCUACAAGCACGGCGUAUGAGGAGCGUACCGCACUUUGCGGAGACUGGAGAUAAGUACACUCACAAGCGCACUACGGAUAGUGACCCAGACACUCUCUGUAGCGGGGCAGGCCCUGGUGGUGCGGGUGGUAGACGAAGGAGUAAUUAUAUUUAUAGCAGGGGCGGUUGUGCUACGAAUAGCCGCGGGAGCAGUCCAACCAAAAUACAGAGAAUCGGUGGUGCAUCUACGGGACUGAAUACGUCCAAUGCGAGGGAGGGUUUGGAUGGAGCAGGAGUCAAUUCUAAUAAUAGAACUGGCAGCUGCACCUCCGACUCAGAGAGAUGGAGGAUGAUUCUUGAAACAGGUGCGAAGGGGUAUUCUAUUGCAAAAACGUACCCCACCACUUUUAAAUCGCACUCGACUAUUGCGGAACCGUAUUCAAUCACUGCGAAUACGUACUCAACAACUCGGAAUACGUACUCAACAACUGGGAAUACGUACUCCACUGCUAAGCCUGUACGGCCGGCCACCCAAGUCCAGAGGGCGAAGUCGCUUACAGAUAAACGUAAAAGCAUUGACACCAGCAACCAGGGUCAGCCUGAGAGCCUUCCAAGAAAACGGGCCGCGACCGCAAUGCACACAAUGCUCCAAUCAAAUGGCAGAGAAUUAUCGUUUAAGUCCCAAUCAAAAGCCAGUAAAAGCGGGCCGGGCGAAUCAAAAACUAAGGAGAAAACGAAGCACCGUUUGUCGAUUAGUGAAAGGGCUUUAAAGCCCAGGGAGAGUAUGAGACCGGCUGAUACGUUGGGCGCGGCACCCCCGUCUGUGCAUCCAGGGCCGACAAUGCGAAGGUGUGGAUGAUGCGAUCGAUAUGACGAGAAGCGAGAGUACAAUGCAGUAGAUGAUUCGACGGGUGUAGAGAGAAUCGGAGAUGCGUAGACGCGUCUAUUCAGUUUAUUGUAUGCAUGCAACUCGCAUAACACGAUGGUGUGGAUCAUUGGACGGACACAGCGCCUGGAACACGAGACGGAUAGGAUUCGAUGAAUAUAUAAUAAACAGAGAGUACGAAGACGGAUAGGAUCCAAUGAAUAUAAAAU